UGCUCGAUUUGCUCGGUCCACGCGCUGACCGUAGUGUGAGUAGUGACCGAAGUCUUGAAAUCUAUUUGGCAGAGGACAUGGACAACGACUGGGUGGAGCUGGGGUGCCGGAGGAGCCUGAAAGGCAACGAGGACCUCGACACCACGCCUUGCACGCGACUGGGUGACUGGCGCGGUGUGAGCAUUCGCAACCUUCGAGCGGUGCAAUUCCCGUGCCAGGCAGACGAUCAUCUUCAUACUCUCUUAGCUUCCGAGAAGCACGAUAUCACUUUGGGAGAGGCCACGGAUUUCGCUAUAGACACUCUGAGGAAAUGUUGGGCUCGCCAGUGUGCAGAAUGAGGCAAAGGAGGCUGGGUCUUUGAAGUAACAUUCAAGCGGAGGAUGCAGUUGCGGUGAGAUGACUCUGCAGUGAGGAGGCGGCGAAGACGUCAAGGGGGACCAUAUUAUAUGCAACCGAGCAGAGCUGAAGACGAAAAGAAGCAGUUUUCUGGUCUUGAGCGAACUACCUAAGGUAGGCAGGCAGGCUGAGUAAUACGUAA